UUCUCUGUUUCGAUUUCUUAUUUUUCCUUCAUUUGUUCGCACGCCUGUCAGGCGAUGCGCGUAGCGCUUUGCGCUGUAAUGGCCUCAUCUAAUUUUAUUGUUCAUUUAACAGUUUUAUGAUAUUUGUAGUACAAAUACAUUUGGUAGUGUAAUUUAAUUUUUAUUUAUAUUCAUAUUUAUUAACUCCGUUAUAUCAAAAUGGCGAAUCAAUCCCAGAAAUCUGUGUAUAGAUUGGUUUUAACUGGUGGACCUUGUGGCGGUAAAACAACUGGACAAUCCCGUCUUAGCACUUUCUUCGAAAACUUGGGAUGGAAGGUGUUCCGAGUGCCGGAAACGGCUACCGUGCUACUAAGUGGUGGUGUGAAGUUUGGAGAUCUCAGUCCAGAAGAAGCGGUGAAGUUUCAAGAAAAUCUACUAAAAACUAUGAUACAGAUUGAGAAUACGUUUUUUGAAUUGGGAAGGACCUGCCAGAGAAAUUGCCUCAUUAUCUGUGAUCGUGGCGCCAUGGACGCUAGUGCAUUUAUUUCAAAGGAAAAGUGGGAGGAUAUGUUGAACACUAACAACUGGAACAGCGUUGAACUGCGCGACAACCGAUAUAAUCAAAUAGUUCAUAUGGUCUCCGCUGCGAAUGGGGCGGAGGACUUUUAUUCCACCGAGGACCACGCGUGCAGAUCCGAAGGCGUGGAGUUAGCGCGGGAACUGGACUACAAUGCAGCCGCGGCGUGGGUCGGCCAUCCGUACUUCGAUGUCAUCGACAACUCCACCGACUUCGAUAAGAAGAUGAACCGUCUCAUCGCGUGCGUGUGUCAACGCAUCGGAAUCGACACCGGAGACCGACUCAAUGUCAACUCGAAGAAGCGCAAGUUCCUCGUCAAGGCUCCGCUACCACCGGACACGGAAUUCCCUCCUUUCCAGGACUUCGAUGUGGUGCAUAAUUACUUGCAGAGCGACUUCCGUAAGGCGCAGGUGAGAUUGCGCAAGCGCGGUCAGAAGGGCCACUGGUCUUACAUUCACACGGUGAGGAAGUUCCACCCGAGCAACGGGCAGUCGGUGGAGGUGCGGACGCAGCUCACGCACCGCGACUACCUCAACCAGCUGCCGCAGCGCGACGACGCUCACUUCACCAUAUUCAAGAAGCGCCGCUGCUUCAUAUACAACAAUCAGUACUACCAGUUGGACAUUUACAGGCAGCCCACACAUCCCAGGUGUCGUGGCCUAGUAUUGCUUGAAACUUACAGCGCCGCGUACGAUCAAGACGCGCUGUUAGAAUCAUUGCCCAAGUUCCUAACCAUAGAGAAAGAAGUGACCGGAGACCCCGCCUACUCUAUGUACAAUUUAUCGCUAAAAGAAGAUUGGAAGACUUCAAAAAAGUAUUACUCCGGCAGCGAUCAGAACGGACAAGCUAAGUGGAGUAUGAAUGGUCACGCCGGUGACAAAUUUAUUUGCCAUAGCGAUAAGAUGAACGGCUGUGGUGGCGAUAAGAUGAACGGCUGUGGUGGCGAUAAAGUUAACGGUCACGCUGAAAAGAUGAACGGCUAUGAGGGCAAGGUGAACGGCCAUCACAGGAGGAACGGGCACGGUCCCCUCGCCAACGGGAUCGUCAUGAACGGCAAAGCUCACGACUCGGAGCUAAGUAACUUCAAGAGUCACGGUGAUAUGAGAACACCAAAGAUACCCAAGAAAGUCGCUCUUAAGACUUAAUUAAACACUACUAAAUGUAUUCUAGAAUUACGACUUUAUAAAAUUCCUCUUCAUAAUGUUUCAAUAUACACAUGAAAAUUUUAUAGAAGUUAAGGUUAAAUAAAGUGAAAAAAAUCGUGUCUAGUAAAUAACUACGAUACCGCUAUUGCAAUUCGAUCAGUUUCAUGCAAUUGUAUAUUCGUGUAAUUUUGUAAAAGUCAAAUAAAAUCUAUUUUUAUAUUUUCCUGAAUUAUUAUGUAUAAAACACUGCGCCGUGCAAAACUAAAAGAUUGCAAUAUCGAGAUGUAAACUCGUUUAUAUUGUUUGUGCCUUUACACAGUAUUGUAUUCAAUGUAUUUCGCAUAUACCUGUCAUAGUACUUAAUAAACGCAAUAUUUAAAAUAAGCGUUGUUGCAUUGAAACUACAACACUAGAUGAAUUUAACAAUGAUUUUAUUUAUAAGUUGGUAAAAUAUUCUCUUAUGGAGUUUUUAUUCUUAAAAUAUAUUUAUUGCUAGCUGAGGCCAAUCGAUUUCAUGCAUUAUUGAUUAGAAAUAAAAAUUUAAAGAUCUUGAUGUUGUAGCGUCAUAGUGACUGUAGUUUGUCCGCGUUGUUUUAUGUAUGUUGUAGUGGAGCAAAUCUGUUUUCGCUAAAGAUGGCAACAAUAAAACUUAUCAAAAAAUUAGGUAAUGAAUUUUGUGACUGCAAAUAAAUAUGAUUUUGAAUGUACUUAUUUUAAUUUUUAUCAUUGCUAUUUUUAAUCAUUAGAAAAAUGUAUGGAUUAUUUCUGUGUAUUGAUGUAAAGAAUGAAAUAAAUCACUAUUUUUAGUGCAUCAAUUAAAUUUAUAUUUAUUAGCACAGCAAAAUAUUGUAUUUCAUGUUUUCUGCUGGGAUCGACCAGUUCGUUCCGAGUGUAUUUGCGCCUUUCUAUAAUAUUUCCGCAGGUUCGGUUUUAUUAUCUUCGGACAUAAUUUUAAUGGCUGUGCUUAAUGUAGUGAUAUCAUUAUGUACCUUUGUAGUGAAAUCGUAGAAGCAAAACCUUAAAAAGUUGUACUUGUGUAACACAACAUUUAAAAUAUGUCGAUUAACAACAAUUGUUAAUGUCGUUUAUUUUAUAACAUAAAAACAGUGAAAGUGAUCCUUUGUUUGCUUUUUCAAUUGUCAUAGCAUAAGUAAAAUCUUAAUUUUCUCUCAAACUUUAAAAGAACUUUUAAUCAAAUUAAAUAUUUUAAGUCUUCUGCAUUUUGUCUGUUCAGUAUAUCAGUGAAAAACACGACAUAGUGCCAUUAAAAGCCUUAUGGGCUAAUUGCUGCAUGUUUUUUGCGUCAUUUCCUAAUAAAAAAUACAUGCAAUGAUA